UUCAGGGGGGUUCGCUUGACAACCAGUCAAUACACAAUGAAAGUGACAACCAGUUGCGUGGAUAUCCACCGCUAGUGCCCGGAUUAUCAGCUAAAAGCGGGAUUAUAGGAGAAAACCAACGUGUAAUGGAUGUAUCUUUAACUCAGAAUGAAUGGACGUACACCCUACCAUGUGUUUGGUAAACACAGAGAAAUAGAAACUGUUGGCUAAAGAAAGUGUACAGAACAGGACAGAAGAUGAAUGAAACGACAACCACGCAUUACUCCAACUACAAGCCUGGCGGGUACUACCUCACGUCGCUUGAUGUCGGAGAAUAUGGCGAGAGAGCCAGUGCCAAGAAGAGGAGGCAGAACCAUUACAAAGCAGACCUCCAGCUGCAGAUGGCUGAGAGACAUGCAGCAAAACAAAGAGAACGGAUCCAAGACAUGAGCGUCAAUGCAUCCGGAUACCUAGAUCCGGAGAAAGGACCGGACAGGUUAAAGCCCCUCGGAGGCAUUGACUGGACACAGUAUCGAUCAAGGGGGGACUCUAAGGUUCGACCCUAUCACACACUGUUCCUGUACGAUGAAAACAAGCGGCCCCGUGCACCACCACCUGUAGUAGUACAUCGUUCCCUCUCACCACCACCACCCACCGUAGCAGUUCCGGUACAAGUAGUACCCCAAGCAUCUCCUCGUAGAGUCAUAUGGCAAGGGUCUCCCCGUACAGCUAGAACAGAUUAUGUUCAUCGACCCGUAAGCUGGCCAUCGUUUAGCGAACCAAGAGCAAGGCCAAGGGAACCGUUAGGCCCCAGUGAGAAGCCUAAUUUGGGUUCUAUUGAUCCACCCCAUCGGUUAAACUUUACAGCUCCAGUUCAACCAGCCGCUCCUAUCAGCUACAGAGCUCCAAUGGACAGUGGCUAUGGCAUAAUGGCGGCCAGGGACAUAAGUCUAGUCCCACAGGUGCCACUAGUACAACCCCUGCAGCCUAUACACUACCCAGACAACAGACCCAUAAUUAUUCAACAACCUGCACCGGCCUAUCAAUGGCAAGGCCCAAAAUACAACCCUAUCCAAAUGGAGGUUCCAGUUAGGAGCUCUGCAUUGCUGCCUGAGCCUAGGUACCGAGCAGCCAUAGACAAACCACUGGACGAUUUAAACGACAAGUUAGAAGAAGCCAGGCUGAAGAUCAAACUGGAGAGGGACAACGAAGAACACAAAAGGAGACUCCAGCGAGAACUUGACGAGAAUCAACGCCGUCUCCGAGACUCAGAAUCAGAGGCACGACGGCGUCUCGAGGAACUACGCCUGGAGUCAGAGAACAGAAGGAGAGAGGCCGAGAGACAACGCAGGGAAUGGGAAAGACUAAUGAGAUUAAAGGAAUUAGAGAGGCCGAGAACUAUUCCAACAGUUGUGGUUAAACCAGGAAGCGGCAGGAACCGUCUCCUUGACGACAUGGAUCUGUAUCGUCUGAAACUCAGAGAGGAGCGGCGUAUGAUCGAAGAGUUGUUGAUGAACAGAAGACCAAUAGAGCCUGCAAAACUUGAUAUUAAAGUUGUACGAAAGAACAAAGAGCGACAAAUUGAUGUACCGCCAACACCCAAGACGGAUGACAACGCUAAUCCAGAAAACGUCCACGUCUUCACAGAUCUCAAACACAGAGACUACCGGUCCCGGAGGGAGUUCAGAAGCAUCUUCCCGGAAGUACCAUACACCAACAUGAAGCUGGAGUGGCAGCAGGGGGCGCUGCUCAAACAACAGGAUGAAGCCUUGCGUGCACUCAGAGGGGCCAAGACCGAUUCUGAGAAGCAAGUCAUCAUGAAGAAAUAUUUCUUUACCCGCCCUGUCUGGAUGGAUCGGGAAAUCACACCUUUCUCAAGAUUACGGAAAUAUCACAACUACUCGGAGAGUCGACUGGGACGCAUUGAUGAAGUUUCAGAUGGAUUCGGAUUCCGGAGCCAUAGGCCUUCAUCAGCUGACACUUUGAACGACGACACGUGGUUACGACCGAGUUCCGCGGAUGUGUAACAGACAUGCGAUGAGCAAGUCCGGGUCACGUUGGCCCACGUGGAUUGAGGACUUAGAUGGGAGCUAUAUGCUUGCAUGAAUUACCUCAAAAGCAUCAACAGAACUGUACAUUUCUCACCUCAGGAUUUCGAUAUUGAUGGUGAAUUGGACAUGGGCUUCAAUGUAGCUGUGAUAUGGCAUUUCAACCAAAUGUGAUCUGCAUAACCUGUGAUAUAACAUAACGAUGUAUACACAAAGAGAGGUAAAUACCUGCCAAUGUAUAUCUAUAUAAACGAGCGUUGUACAGAGUAAUCAUGAGCAUUGGAAUGUUAAUGUCUUCGUUUCAAUACCAAAUGAACUUUAUGAAAUAUAGAUUCAAUGCUAGUGCUGAUAAUCGGAAAACACAAAUACAAAAGUAGAAACACUGCUUGGAAAGUAGAGAAACGGACACAGGAUAAAACUACCUAAAUGUUCUUCCUACAUUUAAUUCAAUUUAUACAAAUCUGAGAGGGUAUGGUUCAAGUUCCAACGCUUAUCACAGAAAUAGAAAAUUGACAUAUUGCGAUCGAUAGAUAUUGAUUCGAAAGAUAAAUUGCUUCACCCACGUAGCAGACCGUACGUUUUAUAUCGAUCAGUUUAUAAAGGCGUCUUUCUGGGGUAAUCGGGCGCUACUACUUCAAGAAAGAAAAAAAUAUCUCUAACAGAAAGAGACCGUUCGCUAAUGUAUUGAAAUAGAUGUCGUUACAAGAAUAUGUCAGCGUCGAACUGAAUACCUCCGGACUAUAAAUUCAACUUGUAAAGUAAACCACGCAGGGGACAUAUCUUUUUAAUGAAUGGACAAAUGUUUCAUUUACCGUUCGACCGAAUAAUCUGACGUAUGAAUCAGGUUGCUUCUGAUAUUUAUGAUAUCGUAUGGGUUCAUAGUGAAAUACGUCAGUUUCAGUUUUUCAUUUUGUAGGUAUUGAUCUUUGAUUAUUCGUUAUACAACACAACAAUAAUGACCAAAGAAAUGUACGACAAAACCGCAUGCAUCCAUAGAUAGUGAUAGCUGUUACUAAGAUUUGGAUGUUAAAAGAUGUCGUACCCGACGGCAUCAGUCGUUUCUCAAACUAUCAAAUGCUGGACCGUCUUGUCCAGUCUCUGGCCUGCGUCAUAUAGUUAGGUACAAUAUGACAUGGCAUCGUCAAUAUUUCAACAAUAUAGCGAUCCGGCGUAAUAUAAUAACUUGAAUAGAGCUAUGUGUGGGUCACACGACAUUCACUUACUCUUCUGAGGUGACUAUCGAGCUGCGUUAUUCAUACUCCGCAGUAUUUAAUUCCUUAAAAAGAAAUAUUACUGCACGAGAUCUGCUGAUGUGAAUCAAUCAGCAUAAUUAUGUAAUGAUUGAUGACAUAAAGAGAACUAACUUACUGUAGUGUGCGCAAUAUCAAUCAUGUGGGACGAUUAUUCAAAUGUAUAAUAGAAAUUCUUGUAUAUAGUGUAAGUAUUAAGUUAUUUUUUAUGCAUGGAAUUUAAUGAGAGCAUGACCUAUUGCUGUAAUAGUGCAUUGAAAGAUGAAUAAAUUCUUGUCAGACUA